UGCGGGAACUCAAGUUCGCGUGUGUGAAGGGCGGGCACCCAACUCUUCCAGAAGGUUUUUAGAGAGAGAAAGACAGUUUCUAGAGAGAUAGGAGUUGCUAGGUAAAACUCUGUAAACCCUAGGUUUAGUUUGUGAGGAGAGAGGAAAGAGUACUUGUAUAGAAGAAACUCAGUAACCCGAACUCUAAUUUCUGAAGAGAGAGAGAGAGGCAGUAGCAGCAGCUAAACAGGAACUCACUAACCCUAGCUUGAUUUUGUGGAGAGAGAAAUUGAGUUUUUAGAAAGAGAGGGAGAGAGAUGCGGGACGUUAACUUUGCAAUGACGCAGACCCAAAAGGUUCGACUGAAGAGAGCUCUGCAAUGCCUCCGAGAUUGCAGUGUCGCAUCUUCACCUGUCAUUGUGGCUGACACCAUCCCUGUAAACCUUGAAGACAACAUUCUCAAGGGCCAUGGAACAGCUGAACUUGAAGGUGAAGUGGUGGCAACUCUAUGCGGUGCAGUGGAACGUGUUAAUAAACUGGUUUUAGUUCGACCCUUUAGAGCGAGGUACAAACCUGAAAUCGGUGAUAUUGUUGUUGGUCGCGUCAUUGAGGUGGCUCCAAAACGCUGGAGAUUGGAUAUUAACUUCAUCCAAGAUGCCAUAUUAAUGCUUUCGUCGAUGAAUUUGCCAGAUGGCAUUCAGAGGCGGCGAACGGCAGUUGACGAACUCAACAUGCGAAGUAUCUUUGAAGAAAACGACGUCAUAUGUGCUGAAGUUCGUGGUUCCCAGAACGAUGGAAGUUUACACCUUCAAGCACGAAGUCAAAAGUAUGGAAAGCUUGAGAAGGGCCAGCUUCUCUCCGUCUCCCCAUAUCUGGUGAAAAGGCGAAAGCAGCAUUUCCACUAUCUUGAACAAUAUGGCGUCGACCUCAUCCUUGGCUGCAAUGGCUAUAUAUGGGUUGGUGCUCACUCUGAUGGUGGUGGGAAAAAUGAGGAUUUUGAAGAUCUCAGUGCAAAAUUAGAGGACAAAAUGGAAGUAGAGGUGAGCCCUUUAGCUCCCCACAAAGAAGAGGCAUCAUCAGUUCCAUUGGGCACGAGAGAGAAUGUUUGCCGGCUUGCCAAUGCGAUCCGAAUUCUCUCGCUUUUGGGCUUCAAUAUCUCUAUGGAAUUGAUCCUUGACACAGUGGUAGCUAGUGUCACUUGGAACACAACUGUGAGAGACAUGCUGGGUGGAGAGUUUUAUACGAGGAUUGCGGAGAGGGAAGCCGAGAGAAGAAGCUCAAAGAGGGCAACACAAGUUUGAACUCGGUUUUAUUCAGUUCGCUCUAUUCAAUAAUUCAACUAUCCUCUCUCUCUCUCUCUCUCUCUCUCUCUCUCUCUCUCUCGUGUAUGAUAUGCACGUAUGAGCAAGAGAUUGGUAUAUUUGGGAUGAAGUGCAUGAUCAUUCCGGGAAAAAUCAGUGGCGAUGUGCUCAUUCUUGGUUUGGGUUAGUGUGAUGUGUGGCAAGAAUUUAAAACUUGGCUCUCACUAUUUUGAGAUUAAAUUAAUUAGUUCAGGCCCUGGAUGUCCAAGUAGCUCUAUCCUAGCUGUGUCUAUAGAUAUUUUUAUGCGCAAUUGUGAAAAUAGGCACUGGUAAUAAUCUAUAUUUUUAUGCGCAAUUGUGUAAAUCGGCAAUGGUAAUGAUCUUGUGGAACAAUAUUUGAAGUUGUGGUGAUGGUGUUGAAGGUUUAUUUAGGGAGUAA